CGAGAUUGACAGGCUGCUGACAUGACAACAGGUGAACGGGAGUUCAGUGACAGAGCGAGAGCGCUGGACAUCACGGCGGGAUUACAGACGUGUUGUGAGGACGGGGACAGAAAGAAAAUCCCUUUGCAAUUGGAAGAGGAUGGGACGUCCCGCGGUGCUUUUGUUUCCUGUGAGCGGAAAACUUCCAUCACUUCAACGCUCGGUCUUCAUUGGUCCGUGCAGUGCUUCAUAAAACCUCUCAAGGUGUCGUCCCAUUGGUCCUUCAUUCCACUUGUGAAGACUUGUCAGCCAAUCCGCAUCUGCCUGCCAGCGUCUCCUCUGCAGCAGAUUUGUUCUUCAGUUGGGACAGAGCACAACAACACAGAUCUCGGUUCACCGCAGCUGAAUCCAGGAUUCUGCACGAGUGAUCUCCAUCAUGGAGGUGCCCAGGAGGCCUCAGCCCUCCUUCACACUGACUCUCCCUAAACCCGCCUCGUCUGCUCCGUCUCCCCUCGGAGCUGCAGAGAAGGUCGCCAAGAAGGAUCCGACACGGAAGGACGGAGCCUCAGACGAAGAUCCGUUUGGAGACGAGACGUUUAGCGCAGAGGAGUCGUCGUCGUCGAACGUCUCCGUGUUUGUGGAGGCGUCGGCCGAGGAGUCGGAACUCGCGGAUGCAAAUACUUCCACCGUGGAAACAAACGUAAGACUUUCCUCACAGGAUAGUUUCUCGGAGGAGAGCUCGAGAUCAGAGGAGAGGUUGGCAGAGGACGCAGAAGAGGCCAAAAAGAAGUCCGAAGAGGAAGAAGCAGCAGCGAGAGAGAGGGCAGCGCAGAGACAGGUGCUGGCCAUCGAGGAGCUGGUGCAGUCUGAGAGGAAUUACCUUCGACUGCUGCAAGUGAGCACUGUGACCAUCAGGAGCAACCUGCAGAAACUACAGCCUCCUCCAGCCAACCUGGACAGCAUGUUUCUCUACAUAGAGGAAGUGAUCGACGUGUCCAGUCGACUCCUCAGCCUCAUGGACCAGAAGCCGGGCCCAUCUGGAGACCCUCUGUUCCUGAAGACGCUUUGCGAGUCGUUCCUCACCCUCUCUUCAGACAUCGAGGCCGCCUACAGGGAAUACCUGUCCAACUACACCAGCGUGACGGUGUUGGAGAACAGCUACAAACAGAAGGAGGCGCUCUGGAACGAGAUUGUCCGAGUCAUCAAGGCCUCGGCGCCUGAAGUAAACGCCACCUCUCUGAGCUUCUUCUUGGUGAUGCCGGUGCAGAGGAUCGCCCGCUACCCCCUCCUCCUGCAGACCAUCCAGAAACACAGCGACAGAAGUCACCCCUCGUACGCUCUCCUGGAGCGGACCGCUCACACCUCCAUCGCCUUGAACUGUCGCAUCAAUGAGUACAAACGCUUCAGAGAAGUCGCUGACAAAUACAAGAAGACAGAAACCCUGACCAUGAAGGACAAGAUCAACCGCCUCAACAGCCACAGCAUCGCAAAGAAGACGGCGAGGCUCAGCCAGCACAUCAAGCACGAGACUGGAAUAAAACCAAAGCUGGUGGAUGAGGAGUUUGACGCUCUGGAAGGUUUCUUUUAUGUUCUGGAGCACGGGAUCCUGCAGCUCCUUGAGAACGUGGAGACGUACCUGCAUCACCUCCAGCGCUUCCUGACCUGCAAAACAGAGGAAUUUGAUUUAGAUUUGGAUGGAGAGAAGGCGCCUAUUUGCUAUCAGGAGAUCACUACUGCUCUCAGGCAGUGGAUUCUUCCUACAUUUGAGAAGAGGAUGAGGACGUUAAUCCACAAGCCGCUGUGUGCUCUCCGUGACCUCCUGGUGGGCCCGAGGAACCUGAUCAGGAAAAGGCUGGACAAGCUGCUCGACUACGAAGUGAUAGAAGCCAAAUCCAAUCUGAGCUACGAGGAGCAGGAUGUGGCCAACACGUACAGGACAAUGAACACGUUGCUUCUCAAUGAGCUUCCUCAGUUCAAUGGUUUGGCUCUGCAGAUGAUCUGGAGCAUGUUGGGCACGUUCAGCUGUCUGCACAAAGACCUCGCCUCAGACAUGGAGCAGCUGUUCCAGAGCUUUGCACAACAGCUCCCUCAGAGCUCUCUCAACCCCAGUGCAUUCUGGGAGUGGGCAGAGUCUGCAGUGCUCGAAGGAGCGAGGAGGAUGGAGACUCUGUGUCGAAGUGUAGAGGACACGCUCAAUGCACCGUUCGUCCAGCCUCUGAGUCCGUCCUCUCAGCGGCGCCUGAAGCAGCUCACAGAUAAACACGGUUCUGGAAAGAUCUACCAAGUGAUGGUGACGGUGGUGGGCAGCCGGGACCUGGACCUGAACCUGGCCAGAGGCGAGCUGGUGGCCAUCAUCAGUGAGGCAGACACCCGCGGAGACAAACGAAGAUGGCUGGUCGACGCAGGAGGCAGGCGAGGGUACGCUCCUUCCUCGAAGCUGAUUCGUUAUCACCAGCCAACAGAGGACCCGCCCCCUUCGCCACACCUGACCCUUCCUGAUGGCGUGACGGGAAUCAGAAGACACUCCUACACCCCAGAGAGCCGAACACUGACAGUCAUGAGCCAGCCGUGCUUCCAGGUGUUGGCAGCAUAUGACUUCACAGCGAGAGGAAACCAUGAGGUUUCGAUGCGGUCCGGCGAGCCGGUUCGUGUCCUGGAGGCCCACGACAAACGAGGGAAUCCUGAAUGGAGUCUGGUGCAGGCGAGCGGUGGGAGCAGAGGCUACGUGCCCUCCAACUACCUCACUAUCAUGCCUAUGGGGACUGGGCCAGCUGGCACACACAAGCCCUACUGCUAAGAGGGAAGGAGGGAGAGGGAAAACAGCAGCACGCCUUUUUGUUAAUCGUUGAUAGGCAACCAGUGAAUCCCCUGUGCCUCGCCUCUGCAUCCCUCUAACAGCACAGCGUAGAAGGGAUGUUAGCUAACCGCUAUUCUGUUGCGGUAAAUCUUAACGUGAGAAAGUAGUGUCUGUGUCUUCAGAUAUGUCUUGCAGCUUGCCUCGGGCGACUCUGAAAGUGAGCUACGGUUAUCUUAACACCGACCACUUGUUGCCGUCCCCCCCCCACAGAAGGCCCGCUUCUCAAUUUGGACGAUGGGGAGAAACGGUAUCGACGGGUUGCUCCUGCAAACAUUGUGAGACGUGCAGAGCGGAAAAAACAACGAGCAAAACGCUUCACUCAUCAAAAAGGAUUUAAACAAGCCGCCCCCGGCUGCUGUACAGCUCUCUGGCUGAGCGCCACCUUCAGCAGUAUUAUUUUAUUCUAUUAUUUGAGGUGCACGUGCUUCUCGAGCAGUAGCAUGUUGUGACCAAAGUGCUUUUAAAUGAGACGUUAGAGCCAGUAAGUACCCGUUUAAAGGACUUGUGGUACACCAACUUCUUUUGCAAAAUUCCAAGGAAGUAAAAGUAAAAGUCUUUACAGCGUUCAACGCGCUCUAUCCUGAGACUCUGAUUGGAUAAGUAAUGUCGUAACCUUUUACAAGAAAGAGCUUAUUGACUUUCUCUUUCUGCAAUAACAUUUUUACCUCCACACCAAAAAUAUAUCUCUUGCUCUCCAAAGUGGAGUCUCACAAAAUGAUCCGACUAAUGUCGUCGAAAUGUAGCAAGACAUCAGAAACGACCUGACGGUGAGAAGUGUGCUGCUUCAGUGGACGAGGUAAACCUGUCACACAAUCAGUCACACAAUCUGAACAGCGAGGAUAACUUUCGAUAGACAGUGUUUUUAAGAUGUCUCUGCUUACUGAGGACAUGAAGGACAUGAAGGACAUGAAGGACAUGAAGGACAUGAAGGACAUGAAGGAAGCGACGGUGCUGGUAGUUGUGUUGCGUCUUGCUCAUGAGCAUCUUCAGGCUGAAGGACGAUCUUCAAGUUGCACUGCACAUCUGUUAUGGUCAUUGUUACAAAGCACCAGAGAUGAUGGGGAGGGUAGCUUUUGAAGGAGCGUGGGGGUCAGCGGACCUCUACGAGAAGAGGUAUCCCAGAAUCCUCAGCGCGACAAAAUGACAGUUGAAAACGAAAGACUGCCUGUUAGCAUCCGUGUGUUAGCGAGCUAACUGCAACGCUUGGACACACAGAGAGCAAACUGUGUGUGUGCUUGAUAUGAAGGUGUGUGUGUGUGUGUGUGUGUGUGUGUGUGUGUGUGUGUGUGUGUGUGUGUGUGUGUGUGUGUGUGUGUGUGUGUGUGUGUGUGUGUGUGUGUGGAGUCUCCUCACCUGGAGGCAGGAGUGUAUUGAGACUGACAGGUACACAGCGCUCUCAUCAUGUCAGACUGUAAUGAGAUGUAAAUGUGAAAUGUCUCCA